CCUUUGCGGCUGGUCAAGAUGAUUUUAUCUGCAAAAUUUGCCAGAUGGAUGCUUCUUGUUAUCGUCAAAAUGGUUUUAGUAAUGGGACAUAGUUUGCCCAGCAUUAUAAACGAGCUCAACGAACGCCUUAUCAUCUCUACGAAUUUUAUUUUCUGUAAACAUGUGGACAAAUUUAUACCCUUAGAAACACCCAUCUCCAGGUUUUUGUACACCUCUUUGGAAGCUUUUAACAUAACCAAUUUCAAAAACCAUUUAGGAGGUGAUAAUAAGCUCUUUAUUAUAAUGGGGAAUGAGCCACCUUACGAUCUCUUUAAAAAACUCCAAUUACGCUUUCAACUGGCUGAUUUCCUUCUAGUGAUCGACAAAAAAAUCAAUGAAGAAAAAUGGAAGCCCUUCAUAAACUUUGCUUGGCGUCUUGGAUAUGCAAAAUUCCUAAUUCACUCCAUGUAUGACGGAAUUUCUUAUGAUAAAAUAAUAUUUCCCAAAUUAAGAAUUAGGGAAACUAAUGUUAGAGACUACGCAAAGGUUCGAGACACAUUUCAAAACGUGGAUGGCUACAAAGUUCGAGUGGCUGCUUACAACAGUGUGCCGAGGAGUUUUAUAUAUUUAGAUGCCAGCGGAAAGGAAGUACAUGCUGGUUACUAUAUGCGGUUUGCACGAGCCUUUUUGGAAUCUAGAAAUGCUACUUUUCAACCAGUUUACACGCCCAAUGAUUCGCCCGAAAGCUGCACUCAGUUUAUUUUGAAUAACACCGUGGACAUAUGCGCAGAUGCUCUGGUUCAAAAUUCGGAAGUUUUUACGGUAACCAAAGAGGUUAGGCUUUCCACCGCCAAUGUAAUUGUGCCCCAUGCUAGGCCUUUACGUUCAUAUCGUUACUUAACAGCUCCGUUUAAAACCAAAGUAUGGUUUAUUUUAGCCCUGUAUGUUCUACUAAUCGCAGCAUUUAUGAGUCUAAUACUCUGGAUAAAAGGCGGAAGAUGGGACUUCAGUCAUGCUCUACUCGAAGUUUUUAGCUCACUUUUGUACAGUGGCUUUCAUCUGAAGGCCAUUCAUGGAAGGGAGCGAUACAUUCUCUUUGGAGUUUUGUUCAUAUCAGGCUUCGUUUACUCCACCAUGUAUUUGGGGCUGCUGAAAAGCAUGCUUAUAUCAGAGGUGUUCGAAAAGCAAAUUGAAACCUUCGAGGAACUGGCCGAAAGGAAUAUACCACUGCUAAUCGAUUCCUAUGAUCGCCAGCUCUUUAUGAAGUACCAUGUUCCAAAAACUCUUUGGUCCGUUGUUAGAACCGUAUCUUCAGAGACAUUACUGAAUCAUCGGAAUAACUUUGACCAGGAUUACGCCUAUGUGUUGUUUUCAGAUCGCUUGGAUAUGUUUAAUUAUGCCCAGCAAUACUUAAGACAUCCUAAAUUUCGACGCAUACCCAUUGACUUUUGUUUUUUGUUUGCCGGGUUUCCCAUGAGCAGAAAGUGGUUCCUGAAGCAUCAUCUCAGUAGGGCCUGGAUGUAUGGAUUCGAGAGCGGCAUGUUAGAUAAAAUGGCUGAGGAUACAUAUCGUGAAGCAGUUUUUCAGGGAUACCUAAACCUUCCCAUCACAGAGCACUUGGAGGCGAAACCAUUGGACCUGAAUUAUUUUAUAAUACCAACGAUUUCGUUGGCUCUCGGUUACUCUUUGGCAUUGUUGAGCUUUGGGAUUGAAGUUCUGACCUGGAAGAUAAGGAAUAGGAACAUGAAAUGCUAA